AGGAGGAGGAUGAAGAAGAGCAGCCCAUGCUGGUCGGCAGCUCGAUCCCUUCUUUUGGACAUCUCGCACGGGAGGAAUGCACUUUACAUCUCCCGAGCCGGGCAGGCAGGUUGCGAGCGGGUACAUAGCUGUUGGAUCAAAAGGAGGGAGCGACCUCUUGCCAUGGGCGGGACGAUGAAGCGAUGGGCGAGUACGAGUGAAGACAAGAACAUGUCGAUGGAGGCCAAACUCCGUCAGGUGUACCUGAAAGUUCACCCUGACCUGUUCGCUAGCUUUCCGGAAGCUCGGAAGGAGAACGAGAAGAGUUUUCAAGCGCUAUCAGAGUUCCUUGAGAUCAUGAAGGGAGGGUCCGCCGUCAGAACCAAAGUGUACAUGAUCAAGUUCUACGUCAAACCAGAUGUUGAGCAUGAGAUCCAAGAGAGCGAUCUCCGAGUCAUCUCAGCGCGUCUCAUGGCGACAGGAGGCCCCGGCGAUGUCAAGGAGCUCAACAAACUCCUCCAGCUCUUCGGGUUGGGUCGAGCCAGCAGUUCAUCCAAGAUGGAGAAGAACGUGUUUCUUGUCUCCGACCUCGAGGAUUUCAUCCGAUCCUACAGCGACGAAGCGAAGAAAGUCAUUCAGGCCAAGCAAGAAACUUGGAGCAACGUGUAUGCUUUACAGCAUUUCCUGCAUCUCAACCACCAGGUCAGACUCAGCUUUCCUUCCGGAGCAGAUGUUGUCACACAUACACGAGUGCUGGAACAAAUCUCGGAGGAGAAGAUUUUGCAAACCAUCACCUCAUUCGAGGAGAAGUACAGAAGGUUGAUCAUCGGCAAUGAGAGCUGCGUACAUGUGGACGGUAGGAUUUCUCUGUGCUGUGAGGGAACUCCCGAGGAAUGGCUCGCACACCUCACGAGGAUCGACUGGCCCCAAGUGGCAAGGGGGGAGAAGCUCGUGAUUGAGACGAGGAGCAAGGAGAAGAAAGUCGCCGAGUCCCUGGGCCUCAGAUUCUUGCACGCUUCACCCGACCUCGAGUACUCCCACACCUACCUGAGGCUGUUGGAGGAUAUGCUGAGUGAAGCAAGCGCCGGGAGGAGCGGGAGGAGGAGAAGAUUCAACCAGGCCCCGACUGUGGCUCUCCUUAUCACCGAGAGCAUCCCGAACUUCACCGACGUCGAGCAGGUGGAGGGAGGGUGCGGCAUCAUGAAGAGCAAGGGAGCGCUGUACGCGACCAUUCACAACGGACCAGGUGACAUCGUUCGAUUCGUCGCCGAGCAUGCGUCUACAGCUGAGCGAUACAAGAAGCGGUUGGAGGAGCAGCGCCUUGAACUGCAGGAAAUGCUGCAGCAGGCACGCAUGGCCCUUGGGCUGCAAACAUUGGAGGCGGAUCGAUCGCAGGUCAGCGUGGAGGAGGCGAUCCUAUGCUGCUCGAAGCUGCUGGACCUCUCCUGCUCUCCCUCUUCCAGCACCCUCGCAGGCGUGACGCAGGGGAUUCAGCUCAAGAUCGGGAGGACGUACGCGAUUGGAGCGGAUGGGAUCCUGACCCUCCCAUUCGACCUCAAAGGAGACGAAGCAAACACCUCCUCCUCCUGA